AUGGUCAAUAUGUAUCGCCGCCUGCUUGAUACAGUGCCGUUUAAUGUGCCACCCACUAAUGGGAACAGAACGCAUGAUUCGUAUGUUAGCGAGACGAAUUUCGACACCAACAUGGUGAUUAUAUUGGCAGCUUUGUUAUGUGCCCUAGUAGGUGCACUGGGAUUGAAUUCAAUCGUGCGUUGCGCUUUGCGUUGUAGUUCCAGGUUUGCCUUGGAGACACCAGAACAAGCUUCAGCACGUUUGGCAGCCACAGGACUCAAGAAACGCGAUUUGCGCCAGAUUCCAGUGGCAGUUUAUGGAGCAGGAGGGCAUAUUGCAGCCACAGAAUGCCCAAUUUGCUUAGGAGAAUUUGUUGUUGGAGAGAAAGUUCGGGUGCUUCCGAAAUGCAAUCAUGGAUUCCAUGUCAGGUGCAUAGACACAUGGCUUUUGUCACACUCGUCGUGCCCAAAUUGUCGGCAUUCAUUGCUUGAACCUGCCACAGAUUCAAGUGCGGCUCAGGAAGUUACCGAACGAAGGCGGCCAGAGGAAAAUGAUCCUAGCCGGCAAGGUAGUGAUGCUGUAGGUGUUUAA